CCGCAGGCCGGACUACGGAGGAGAGGGGAGGGAGUCGGUCUAAAAGUGAAGGGGGGGAGCCUUCGGGCGGCAGACCGUCGGCAAAGUCCCGCGGCAGUUGUUACAGUCGUUACCAAGGAGACCAAAACCGCUGCUGUCUGUUGCAGGAAUAUGAAGCUGGUCCUACUCCUCCACUUCCUAGCAGUAGCAGUCUUCCUUCCUCAGUCCCACGCCAGGUCGGUCGCCGUAGGAGAUGUUCUUCACAAAUUUAGGACUCACAAACCGAUUUCCUUCACGAAUUACAACACUGAAAAACAGAUCGGAGAAUACGUUGAUUACUUGGGGAGAACCUACCCUGAUCGAGUUAAGGUGACAACCAUCGGCCAUAGCGUGGAAGGUCGGCCCAUCAGGGCAGUCAAUAUCAACAAGAACUUCACAGCCAAACCUGGCAUCAUAAUUGACGCAGGCAUACACGCACGAGAAUGGAUCGCUCCUGCGGUAGCUUUGCACAUACUCCGGGAACUAGUGGAGAAUUAUGACGAAAACAAAGUGCUAGCUGACUCCAUUGACUGGACCAUCAUACCCCUCCUUAACCCUGAUGGAUACGUCUAUUCUAUGAAUGUGGACAGAAUGUGGAGAAAAAAUCGAGCCAAUACUACCGACCCUUUGUGUCCCGGCGUUGAUCUUAAUAGGAACUUUGAUCUCUUCUUUGGCGGAGCAGGGACCAGCUUGGAUCCUUGUGAUGAGACCUUUACCGGCUCUGGGCCAUUCUCAGAGCCUGAAACCCGAGCCCUCAGGGACUAUGCUUUGUCCAAGAGCAACACUCAACUCUACCUCACAUUGCACAGCUAUGGGAAGUAUUUCCUGUAUCCCUGGGGGUUUGGAGAUUCUUUACCAAGAGACUGGAAAGAGCUGGACAGGCUUGCGAGAGUUGCAGAAAAAGCUUUGUCGUCUGUUUACGGGACGCACUAUCAAGUUGGAUCAUCAACAAGACUUUUAGGUGCUGCAGCAGGAGGCAGUGAUGACUGGAUGAAAGCACGAGCCGGUGCUAAGUACUCCUAUACUGUUGAGCUGCCAGGUGGUGGAGAAAAGGGUUUUGAUUUGCCCCCAGAAAGUAUCCCGUAUGUCUCAAGAGAACUCUGGGAGGCUGUGAAACUUCUUGGCUUCUUCGUUGCAGAAGAAUGGAGGUGAUUGAAAAAUUGUUCGGUCUUAAAUGGAACCCUAAACAUCACCAAGAAAUGAAAAUGAAUCAGAGGACUCUUUGUGUUCAUAAAUUGUGUUCUCAGUGGCAUUUUGCUCAUAUUACCCAGGAAAAGAAAUGUGAUCCCACCUUAAUUAUCAUUUUGUUUUUCUUUAAUGUUGUAUGUUUGACCAGAAAUCUAUACCUAAGAAAUUUUUGUACUAGGUAAUACAACAGUAAUAGGAGCAACAAAUGUAUUUAUCUACAUUAUAUAAAUAAAAUAUUUUUAUUCACAUCGCUAUCUUGUUAUUAUAUUAUGUUAAUAUAUUAGUAUUAUGUUAAUACACCAAUCAAAUAAUACAGUUUAUGAGGAAUUUUCAACAAAGUUGUUUUACCUUGGUUGGUUACAAAUUAGAAUGGAUGAAAU